GAAGAACAGCAGCAUCAUCCAGCAUUGUGGGUAAGUUUGUCUCGCUAAUACAGUCACAAUGGUCCGCGCGUUUCAUAUUCUGGCUACGUUGCUUGCUCUACAACUCAGUUAUGGAAAUCCCCAACCUGUAUAUCCUGUUCAUCCUCAUUUCCCAUCUGAUGAUUGUGAACCGUAUCCAGUACACUGUCCUUACCCAAUACCUGAACCAGUAUGUGAAAUUCCGGUAAUACCACCACCACACUGUCCUUAUCCAAUACCCGAGCCAGCAUGUGAAAUUCCGGUAAUACCACAACCACACUGUCCUUAUCCAAUUCCCGAACCAGCAUGCGAAAUUCCUGUACUACCACUACCACACUACCCUCAUCCAAUACAUGAACCAGCAUGUGAAGUUCCUGUAAUACCAUCACCACACUAUCCUCACCCAAUAUGCGAACCAUCAUGUUAAAUUCCUGUAACACCACCACUACACUACCCUCAUCCAAUACCUGAACCAGCCUGUGAAAUUCCUGUAAUACCAUCACCACACUAUCGUCACCCAAUAAUCGAACCAGCAUGUUAAAUUCCUGUAAUACCACCACUACACUACCCUUAUGCAAUACCCGAACCAGUGUGUGAAAUUCCUGUAAUACCACUACCACCACAUCUCCCACAUGGCGGACCAAUCUUGGAGUAUGAUGAUUGGGACUAUCCGUAUCUUGGAUAUCCUCAUGGCCCCGUAAAUAAUGGUCCACUUCCACCAUAUCUACCACAUGCAGGACCAUUACAUCUUGUUACCUAGUCGAGAAUUUGUUGGAAAAAGGACCAGUAAAAAUAAUAAACUCAUAUUUUUUGCCGAAGAAAUUGAAAAACUAUCACCUAAAUUUUCAGCUGCUGGAUUCUUUCAGAUCAAUAGAACCAUUUUGUCUGUGCUCUUUUCAUCAUUUGUGUCUUAUUUUAUAAUAAUUAUCCAGUUUAAUUCUGCAUUCUAAGCUUUGUAAGGUAUUAGGAAAUAAUGUUUAGUUAGCAUAAGUUGGUGUCAUGACUUAUAAUUUUAUUGAAGAUGUACGAAAAUAUAAUGAUAUAACAAAAAAUAA